AUGUCGCCGCGUUCGCGCCACUUUCCCGCGGCAGCGCUGCUCUUCGCGGCGGGCGUCCGUGCGGCCACGCCAUCACAGACCUACGCCAAGGGCUACACCCGCGCGACCUCCGAUCUUCGCGCCUUCCUCCUCGAGGGCUACGACAAGGUUGUGCCUCCGACUUCCAACCGCACUGGCGACGCCUCUCAGGCGGGCACGGUGGUGUCUGUUCAGCUGAGGCUGUUCAAGGUUGAGUCGGUGAAGCAGACGGAGGGGCAGAUGCGACUUAAGGUCUGGCUGCGCAUGUCGUGGGUCGACGAGCGCCUCUCGUGGGACCCGGAGCAGCACGGCGGCAUCACGCAGGUCCCCUUCAUCGGCUCCGCCAUCACCCUGCCCGAGGAAACCGAGAUUUGGCUGCCCGACAUCACUCUGUACAACUCCCACGUCGGUCAGACGCAGACGCUCGAGCCGGCGGGGGCGGCGAUGGUCCAGAGCAACGGCGCCAUCUUUUGGUCGCGACCGGGCAUGCUCGACGUCCUCUGCCGCUUCUCUGGGCUGGUUGCGUUCCCCUUUGACCGACUCAGCUGCAAGAUGGAGUUUGGAGGCUGGAUGUUUUCGGGCGGCUAUCAAGGCAUCGAACUGAUGGGCGAUGGCUACGCCUUCUCGUUGCAGGAGGAGACGGCGGGGAGCUCAUACCAAGAGUACUCGAUCGGAUCCGUGAGGUGCGACAUCACCACCUUUGAGUACGCAUGCUGCCCCAACGAGCCGUGGCCGACCCUCCGGUACACCAUCGAGCUGACGCGCUCCAAUCACUACUACGAGUUCUCGAUGCUCAUGCCGACCGUGCUGCUCUGCUGCGUCUCAUUCAUGGUCUUUGGCCUCAAGCACGAGGUGGGCGAGCGGCUCUCUUUUGGCAUCACUCUCGUUCUCGCAAUGGUCCUGAUGCAGACCCUCGUGUCCGCCAUGCUGCCCGUCUGCGGAGAGCUCCUCUGGGUCGAGCUCUUCUUCUUCUACAACCUCGUAUUCUCCAUCUUUGCGCUCCUCGAGACCUGCACCGUCCUCUACUUUGCCCAUCUCACGCAGCCGCACGUCAUUCCCACCUGGGUCGUCGCUGUCGUCGCCGCAUGCCUCUCUGCGCCCGCCGGCUGGUGCACAAGUGCCGGUGGGCGCAACACGCCGAGCUCGCAGCCUGACCAGCCGCUUGGGCGCCAGACAGCAUCAACCACCGAUGAGGGCAGCCAAUCCGACAGCACGACGGUUUCGGCCUUGCGGCGGCAGCAGACUCGCAGUUCGGUGAUGCUGCGCGAGCCCCGCGCGGUCAGCGAGCGCGAGUCCGCUGCGGGCGCCUUCUACCGGCGCAUGGUGGCGAGCCAUCGGCGGAGGCAGCGAUCCAGCGGGAGUGCGCCCGCGCCCACGGCGGAGGCCUCGCGGGAGCCAGACCUCGCCUUCGCCGCCCGCCGCUUCGUGGGCGGUCUGCCUCAGCCGCGCGAGCUCCUGGUAACGCGACCGCCGUCCGCAGAGGACGCGGCGCGGCUCGUCUACUUUGAGCGCCUCUUUUAUCUACUCGACGUGCAGGCAAAGGGCGCCAUCCGAGUGGACGAGAUGGGCCACCUCCUCUCAUUCCUCGCCUUUGAGGCAAGCGAGGAGGAGCGCAUCAAGUCGCUGCUGCAGGCGGACGAGCAGGCCGACGGCACGCUAACACGCGGGGAAUUUAUGGAGCUCUGCGUCGAAAUGCUUUGGGACAAGUCAGUCAUGGUGCUCGAGGCGGCCGCUGCCAACUACGAGAGCUCGCGCGUGCAGCUCGAGCGCCGGAACCUGAUCUAUUGGCGCAAGGUGUCCGCCAAGAUCGACCUGUGGGCACGGUUCUGCGUGCCAGUUCUCUACGUCGCUGGGCUCGUUUUCAUCUUCAAGAUGGACCUCUCUGACCCGUACGGAGAGCCAGACGCCGAGGGCGAGAUCUACUCGGGCAUGUUUCAGGGCAUGUGGGAGGUUCGCAUCACGACAGCGGGGCGCAUCUGGCUCGCGCUGCUGCUGCUGCUGCUCUUCGGUCUCGGCGCCGCCUAUCUCUGCUUCCGCAGGGUCGCCAUCCGAAAGUGCCUUCCCGGUGGCGGAAGUGACGGGCCAAAGCCGAGCGGCAUCGACCCACGCUUUUGUGGGAAUAGGCGCCUCCUUCCCGAUAAGAAGCACGUGCGUCGGCGCAUUCGGAUGGACAGGGCGCAGUUCUUCCGCCCCGAGAUGGGCAUGUUUGUCGCAGGGGGCGAGCGAGGAGCAGAUGCGGCAGCGCGAACAGGUGCUCGUCCUGGGCUCCUCGCGCAGCAACCGUCGGGCGACGACCCGGGGGCCAAAAACCCGGCGACGACGGCGCUCUGGAUGGGGCGUGACCUCCUGCCUCCAACCUCCUUCCUUUUUGAGCAGGUGUGA